GCGCGCCCGGCCCCGCCCGCGAUUUCGGGCAUCGGUUUCCGAGGAAGAGUGAAAGAAAAAGCAUAAUUGUUGAGCCAACUUACUGUAAUUCGCCUUAAGCAAGGAAAUUGGUGUUGGCAUCAUGUCACAUAGAAAUAUCUCUUGGACACAUCAGGUUGCGAAUCUUGAAUCAGAGCGAGGGCUUGUUCAAGCUCAACCUGAUAAUCUCACUAAUGGAGGCACUGGGAGUAAUUUAUCCAAUCCGGGUGUGCAAGUUGCUUUUGGGAUUCCAGGAAAUACUACCAAUGUUGGAGUUCGUGAUUUGCGGAGUUACUAUGAGAGCAUUAAUAAUCAGCACCAGCAUGGUCAAAAUUUAUACCCACAUGUAGGUAUUGAUCCCAGUUCAGUCUACCCAUCUACUAUGUACAAUCCCAGCAUUCCAACCCCAUCCGCAAACAGAUAUGUUCCACAUACUCAGAGUUUUGGACUGGGCAAUCCACUACCCUCAUCUUCAUAUCACCAAGUUGCCACAGGAACUCUGGAUGAUAGUAGCAGCAGUAGCAAUUUUGGUGAUACCACUAGAGAGUUCAUCAAAAGGAAAAAUGCAGUACUGGAGAGUGGCCAUCAUUUUGUUCAUGGUUUUGCAAGCUCAAGUUCAUCUGCUCAUGCGCCUCAGAAUCCUGCACACGGGCCUUGGAGUGCUUCAUUUGAAUCACAUGGAGCACCAAAUGCUGCUUCUGCUAAUGCACCGAACAGGAAUUCAAUGGCUACUCACCCAUCAUUGGUACAUUAUGGUAACUAUGUAUUUCCAGCUGGUCACAUGGGCCAGAGCAAUACAUGGAAUACACAGCCUGCAAAUGGUAUUGCUGAUGGAGUCCCACACUGGGAAUACAACAAUGCAGUCCGCAAUCCUCCAGGUCACUUUGUUCAUUCGGGAACAAUAGGCAUGCCAAAUGGUAGUCUUCAAGACUAUCAAGCUGGCCAUUCUGCCAUUUGUCAUGGGCCUUUACCUCAUUUCGGCCCAAUUCCUGUGCAUAGCAUGCAAGCUCCUGCUAUGCUUAAUCAUAUUCAAAUGCCAGGACCUCAGCGACAUAGCAAUACAGUGCAUGGUGUAAAUGCUUCUGGAAUCGGACUCACCUUGGAUCCAAGGCUGGCUUUCUUAUACAAUUCUGGACAUGCUACUGGACCUCAAAUUCACGGAUUUCUUUCAAAUCAAGUUAACAAUGGCAGUUUAAGAAUGCUGCCAUAUGAGAAUGCUGCAUUGAUGGAUCUUUCAAGAUUUUAUGAAACAGAUCAUCUUAUUGAUGAACAUUUAGAUAUGGGGCUGGAUAUAGACAGCAUGACUUAUGAGGAGCUUGUAGCAUUGGAAGAACAAAUUGGAUAUGUCAGUACUGGUUUGACAGAAAGCUACAUCAAAGAAAAUUUGAGGUUAAAUUUGUAUGUUCCAGGGGCAGCUUGCAUGUCUGAUCAGUCCCCCUUGGAGAAUGAUGCUUGCAUAAUAUGCCAGGAGGAGUACCAGGCAAGAGAAGUUGUAGGAACCCUCGAUUGCCGCCACAAGUACCACGCCACGUGCAUUAAGCAGUGGCUGAUGGUGAAGAACCUGUGCCCAAUCUGCAAGACUACAGCUUUGUCAGCAGAUAGAAGCAGCGGGUGACCAGUAACAUUAUUGGUUAUUUAUAUCAACAGAGAUUCCGUUCAGUUUUGUACAUAAGACAUGUUGGAUGAUGUGGUGUUACCUGUAAUUUCCUGUUCGCAUUUGUUGUGGACAUAGCCUGAGAUUCCCCAAAAACUGUACAGUCAGAAUCGGUUCAUUCUGUAGACUGCUUUAGACCCACCAUGGUGCGUGAACAGCUCUCAUCAUGGCAUGGCUAGAUCGCUCCUUUAUCUAUUGUACAUUGUAAUUAAACUUGAUUCCUUUUGCAAAUAUAGAACUGAGAACUUGAAUA